AUGUGUACCGGGGGUUGUGCCAAGUGCCUGGGGGGCACCCUCAUUCCCCUCAUGGUGUUUGGCAUCCUGGCGAACAUCCUGUUAUUCUUCCCCGGAGGAAAAGUGGUAGACAACAAUGAAUACCUUUCCAAAGAGGUCUGGUAUUUCGGAGGAAUACUGGGGAGCGGGCUCUUGAUGCUGCUCCCGGCGCUGGCGUUCCUGGGCCUGCGGAACAAUGACUGCUGUGGGUGCUGCGGCAACGAGGGGUGCGGGAAGAGAUUUGCGAUGUUCACCUCCACAAUAUUCGCUGUGGUUGGAUUCUUGGGCGCCGGAUACUCAUUCGUGGUGUCAGCAGUCUCCAUCAGCAGGGGCCCUAAAUGUCUCAUGAACAACAACACGUUGGGCUACCCCUUCCACAACGGGGACUAUCUCAGCGACGAAGCUCUGUGGAGCAAGUGCGUGCAGCCGGAGAACGUGGUGUCCUGGAAUCUGACCCUCUUCUCCAUCCUGCUCGUCAUAGGAGGGGUCCAGAUGAUUCUCUGCGCCAUCCAGGUGGUCAACGGCCUCCUGGGGACCCUGUGCGGGGACUGCCAGUGUUGCGGCUGCUGCGGGGGAGAUGGACCAGUUUGA